AGCAUUUAAAAUUUACUAUUCUAUGUAUUAGUUAUUAUAUGAUGUUUUUUUAAAGUUUAUAUUCUUAAAAUGUUAUGUAUGCGUCUGAAUUCUUUUCAACUGUUAAAUAGUACACGUUAUCUAAGCUAUUAUUCAGCUAAAUGUUUAACAAUCAAUCCGUUUUUAUGUGAUUCAAUAAAUUCAAAUAAAAGAAAUAUUUCUUCAGUGACUUAUCCUUCUUGGUUUAUGACCAUAUCAGAUAGUACACCUGUUGCAUAUGCUCAAAAAUAUGUAGUUUUUAUUCAUGAAAUGACUGGUACAUCUUGGUGGGCCUCAAUAAUAAUUAGUGCUGUAUCUCUAAGAUUGGCCUUAACAUUGCCACUGACUAUUUAUCAACAUCGUAAUAAUGCCAAAAUUGAAAAUCUCUCGAUAGAAUUUCAACCUACUGUGAAAGAAAUACAAAAAGAAGUGGCAAAAAAUGUAAAAUUACAAAAGUGGCCACCUAAUAAAGCACAAAGAGUUUAUAAAAAAGCUAUAAAAAAAUAUUGGAAUGAGUUAAUUAUACGAGAUAAUUGUCAUCCAGCAAAAUCAAGUAUUGUAGUUUGGAUACAACUUCCAAUGUGGAUUUGUUUAUCAAUAGCUAUUCGAAAUCUUACAUUAAUGCUACCUCCUAGUAAUGAAGCUGUCAUUAGGUUUACUGAACUAACUAAUGGUGGUAUUCUAUGGUUUACAAACUUAACUGAAAUUGAUUCAUUAAUGUGUUUGCCUUUACUUAUGUGCAUUUCUAAUCUUUUGAUUAUUCAGGUUCAAACUUAUGCACGUAAUAAAGAACUUACACGGAAACAAGCAUUAACUACUAACAUAUUUCGUGGUCUCACUAUUUUUAUGUUGCCUCUUUCUUAUUUCUUACCAUCGGGUGUUACAUUAUAUUGGACAACAUCUAGUAUUUAUGGAUUAUCGCAAAAUCUUAUUUUGUUAUCCCCAAGACUGCGUAAAUGGUUUGGAAUUCCAAGAACACCUUACAACCAUGAAAAACCAUAUCAAUACAUAAUAGAUAAAACUAAACAAACAUUAAAAGUUGCGUAACUGUAGUUGUAAUUCCAUUGAUAUUUAAACUGUUUUCUUGUAACUUUAGUUUGUAUUUUUUUAAUAAAUAAAUAUAAUAUGUUUAGUAAUUAA